AUGGAGUAUCUAUCUGCAUGGGCUACUAAAGAAAUUAACUUAUUGGACCUACAAGCUGCAGGUGAGGCGCAAGUUCUUCAAUUGAAUGAACUAGAUGAGCUUAGACUGGAAGCUUAUGAGAAUCACAAGCUCUAUAAGGAGAAAACGAAGAAGUUUCAUGACAAGAUGAUAGAAAAAAGGGAAUUUCAUGUGGGUGACAAGGUAUUACUAUUCAAUUUGAGGUUAAGACUUUUUCCCAAAAAACUCAAGUCUCGAUGGUCAAGACCAUUCGUGGUAACUGAUGCCAAGCCACACGGAGCAAUUGAAAUUUCUAAGAAUGGAGGUGAGAAGUUAAAGGUGAAUGGGCAACGCUUGAAGUUAUACAAUGAGGGUGCUUUCAUAGGCCAUGUUGAGGAGAUUCGUUUCAAAUCUACUUUUUCUAAGACAUAA